UGCGGACUCUCCAAAGAAUAACGACGUCUUGUUUUUACAUCACUCUCUCUUUCUCUCUCUCUUCGCAGUCACCUACCCCCCUCCCCGGUCAGACUUAAAUCAGCAAGAAAACCAGCAUUUUCUCGGGAAACAAACAACCAGUCGACCUCUCCAAAGUAAUUUUGAUCGUCUUUGCUCGAAGCCAUGGCCUGUUCCAACUUCGCGAAGCUUAAUGCGUCGUCGUCUCAGUGGAUCGGACAGCAGUCCUUCACUCAGCGCCCAGGAUCAUCGACUAGCCUCGCUACUCUCCGAGUCGCCGUCCCGAUCCGAGCCAAGGCCUACACCGACGAACUCGUCCUAACCGCUAAAACCAUUGCAUCCCCUGGUCGUGGUAUACUUGCCAUUGAUGAAUCAAAUGCUACUUGUGGAAAGAGGUUAGACUCUAUUGGGUUGGACAAUACCGAGGUUAACCGACAGGCUUACAGGCAGCUUUUGUUGACCACCCCUGGCCUCGGCGAAUACAUUUGUGGUGCCAUUCUUUUCGAGGAAACACUUUACCAGUCUACAACCGAUGGGAAGAAAUUUGUGGAUGUGUUGCGUGACCAGAAAAUUGUACCUGGAAUCAAAGUUGACAAGGGUUUGGUUCCCCUGCCGGGAUCAAACAAUGAAUCUUGGUGCCAAGGCUUAGAUGGAUUGGCUUCACGAUCUGCUGAGUACUACAAGCAAGGUGCUCGUUUUGCUAAAUGGCGUACAGUUGUUAGCAUUCCUUGUGGUCCUUCUGCUCUAGCUGUUAAGGAAGCUGCAUGGGGACUUGCUCGUUAUGCUGCCAUUUCUCAGGACAAUGGUCUUGUGCCCAUUGUAGAGCCUGAGAUUCUUCUCGACGGGGACCACCCAAUCGAAAGGACACUUGAAGUGGCAGAGAAGGUCUGGUCCGAAGUCUUCUAUUACUUGGCUGAAAACAAUGUGGUGUUCGAAGGAAUCCUUCUUAAGCCCAGCAUGGUUACCCCAGGGGCUGAACACAAGGAAAAGGCUACUCCAGAAGCCAUUGCAAAGGCUACCCUCACAGUUCUUAAAAGGAGAGUUCCUCCUGCAGUACCUGGAAUCAUGUUUUUGUCAGGGGGACAAUCCGAAGCAGAGGCAACCCUCAACCUGAAUGCAAUGAACCAAAGCCCCAACCCAUGGCACGUAUCCUUCUCAUACGCACGUGCCCUGCAGAACUCUGUCCUUAAGGCAUGGCAAGGACAUCCAGAGAACGUGGACGCUGCACAAAAGGCACUUUUGGUGCGAGCAAAGGCAAACUCCUUGGCUCAGCUAGGAAAGUACUCUGCUGCAGGCGAGGACGAGGAAGCCAAGAAAGGAAUGUUCGUCAAGGGCUAUACGUAUUAAGCCGGAAGCCGGAGUCUGAGGCAACUCAUUCCUCUCCUUGGAAGUCGAAACUCGAGACGGGUGUAAUUUACAGCAGUUUCUUUUUUGGUGUUAGCUUAUGUAUGCUGAGUAAAACCUUUUUGAUUUCUUUUUUUCCCGUUAGAAGACACGAGGGAUUGAAUAAGACCGGUGAUAAAAGGAUAUGUUUUGCCGAAUGUAACUUAAUUUGAUGACAGUUCUCUCACGAGAAUUAUUAUCGACA